AUGACAGUUUACUACGUAGUUCGAAGUGGGAAGCGACCAGACAUUUACAUCGAUAAAAGGGAGGCAGAAAGGCAGAUCAAAGACAAUGGCCUCCCGGAAGUUCGAUGGUUCACCAGUUUGCACGAAGCACUCAAUUGGUAUGAGGAGGACCGCCCUAGCAGCGACAGCAAAACAUACUUUGAUGACUACGAAGUCAUAGAAAGAGAAGAAAGGCUGGAACUUGAAAGAGCAGCUAUAAGGGCAGAGGCCUCAGAGCGCGCGAUGAUCGAAGCACCCGCAAAGAGCGGAGAGAUCGAAGCUCCCUCAGAACGCGCGAUGCUCGAUGCUCCCGCGAGGAGCGACGGAGAACCCAUGGAGAGCGACGGAGCACCCGCGGAGAGCGAAGAAACAUCCUCGGUAGAUUAUCGUACUUCCAUUCUUCGAACAGAUAGUGGUCUUUCUGUCUUUAUCGACAAGAGCGGACAAUCCAUCGUCGACGGCAAAAGAAGAGGAUGCGAGGGUGAACAUCUCAAGCUUGAAAGAGCGGAACAAAUAUACUCGAGUAAAUAA